GGUUCACACUAUUAAGCACAUUAACUGCACUUGGAACAAAGGGACAUUUUAAUAAAGCUCUAAUAGUUAUCUUGUUACAUUCUGGUUAAGGCCUGUUUUUAUUCAUUGUUCAGUGUAUCAUAAAUGUCUGUGUACACAAACAUUCUCAUCCACAGAACAUGUAUUUAACUCACCCUCUCAAAUAGAAGAACAUGGGUCUUUUCUGAUCUUUACUGUAUUUUGUUUGGUUCGUUUAACAGAGAAAACUUGCCCUGUGGGAUGGAAGAUGUUCAGUUGUACCUGUUAUCUUUUCUCCACUAAUUCUCAUUCUUGGGAAGAAGGCAGACGAGACUGCAGAGACAGAGGAGCAGAUCUGGUGAUCAUAGACAGUUCUGAAGAACAGGAAUUCCUCACUAAAAACAUCAGGAAGGACACCUGGAUUGGUCUGACUGACAGAGACAAUGAGGGCACCUGGAAAUGGACUGAUGAAACUCCACUGACUCUGGCGUACUGGGUGAGAGGGCAGCCUGACAGUGGUGGUGGAGAUCCACAGUGGGGGGAAGAGGACUGUGCAAUUCUAAUAGCUGGCAAGGAAACUGAAGAAAACUGGAAUGAUCGGCGGUGUGAUGACACUUUGAAAUGGAUCUGUGAAAAAAUGGCUUGAGUUUUUGAACAAUAUGUUUAUAAAUACUUUUAUCAUGAUUACUCAAAAGGCCUUUAAUUGCAUUAUUGUAUGUGUAAAUAGAAAGAAAGAAAGAAUGUGCAUCAACAUGGACUAUAAAGGAAUGGAGAUGACUACCAUCCAGUAUGCAAUGGAACUUAAUGUUCCCCCAAGUGUUGUAGCUAAUGUUACAUUAAUUAUAUACUAUAAUGUUUGACCCUGAAUACACUGAU